AUAAAGUGUUUUAAUAAAUUGUUUUUUUUACAUAGGAGGUUUGCACCAGAUUUUGCAGAUGGCUUCAGUGUUGAAAAUACAAGAUUACAUUCCUUACAACUUAUGCCCAUGUACAAAACAGGAAGUCAUGUUAUCGCAGAUGCUAGCAACACCAAAAAAGACCUGCUAAGCCUGUUUUGUUUCUUCUCCAUGCCCCAUGCUGGCUACUUGUACAGUUUAUUAAACACUGUACAGCUGAUUUCUGUUUAUCAUUACCCAGAGAGGUCCCAGCAGGCUGUCCUUACUCCUCAAUUACUACAUGUCAUCACAAGGAAUAAUUUGCAGUGUUUCACGGUAAGAUGCAGUGCAGUAACAGUUCGGGAGGAAGAUCCUUAUAUUGACACGACUAUGAAGACUUGCCCACCUGUCUCUAUGGAUGUUUGCACACUAAGAAUGCAGCUCUUUAUAGGACUGAAAGCCAUUCAGCACUUUAAAAACUAUUUAGUUAUCUUGACAAAGGCAGAUAUUGAAGAUGUGCCGGAGAAGGGGAAGAAUUCAAAGAGAUCGUCUAGCAGAAAGUCAGGAAGUACAAAGGCCAAGGUUCCAUCAGAAAGAGAACAUGGCUGGAAUCUCUAUAUUGUGAGCACUACACCACCUGUCCAGCUCUACAGAGAAAUGGUGGACUACAGUAAGAGAUAUGAGACUGUUAAAACUCAGGGCAGUAUCCAUCUUCUCAGUGAGGCUCACCUGUUGCUGAGAUCUGUACUAAUGAAUCCAGACGUGGUAACCUCCGCAGAUAAAGAAGAGCUGGAGGCAGCAUUCAGAGAGAGUUGUGCCCUCUUAGGGGACUGUUUCAGCAGAUUGGACACCAAGAAAUCCCAUCUGGCACUUCCUUACUACAAGAUGUCCUGCCUAUCUGUGUCCGACGUUAUAGAUCGCUUUCUUUCCAAAGAUUUUUCCCAGGAGUACGGGAAAGGCUUCAUGUUCUACCUCAAACAUUCUCUUUGUGAAGAACUGGAGGAACAACUGAGUGAAGGAAGCAGCUUUGAAGUAUUGCACAUAUUUAAAGCUACAGAACCACAACAGCUGCCUAAUGUGUUAUCCAGUCCUUGCAUGGUUAAUGUGUGCCCAGUAAAAUCAAUGGAUUUCCUAGAAAAAUUAGAGUCUGUGGCGUGUCCAGCUGUAAUUUCCCUUACAAAGGCAACCAUGGCACUGAGAAUCCAUGAUCUUCAGAAGUAUGAAGCCGAGAUGAAGCGUCAUUCAGAGAUUCUACUGUUGUAUGGUUUUCUGGAGGAGCCCCGCCUGUUAAUGACACGCAAGAACAAAGAGAUCAUUCCUACAAGGAUGGCAUUUCACUUAAGAGACACCUUGGCUGGACUUCUUAUCGCUGCCUUGGUGGCUUUUCAUGAAAACAGUAAAAUUAAUCUGAAGGAAGCAGAGUUAUUUUUUAAGGUUUUGUGUGAAAAAUGCGAUGACAAUGAGGUUCCACAAAUGCUUGUAGAUUUUUGGGAGGCCCGUCUUUCCUCGUAUCCUCCAGACUCCAUUCUUCAAGACAUUCUGUUUAAACUUACAUCUCAUUAUGUAUGUCGAAUAUGCAAACCACAGCAUGAAUGCGUCAAAUCCUUGAAAAGUGCAGAGGACCUGGUGAGUUAA